UUGUGCGCGUGUGUAAUUCCCGCAAGUCCUGAGGGAAAUCAUUCGUCCUGGAUCCACACGCGAGCAAGCUGAGCGCUAUAGUUGGACCCCAAAAUGCGCACGUGCUCCCAGUGGAGGACGGGCAGCUAGAGCGGGCUUCUAUGAGGUUCUUCCGGAAGAAGAUGAGCCUCCUCUACACGGCCACCUACCGGUACAAGCGGGCACUGCAAACAAUGGCGGCGGGAGUGUUUCUCAUCUACAUGACGCUGGUCCUGUACCAGAAUGUCUACGGCUACGAUGCUGGCGACAGUGCCGGAGAUCCGGACCGUGUCGCCCUAGGUGACAAUUUACAGGAUCUUCAACCUUUCGGUGCAAUGAUGCUUGGCGAUGGUGGUGGUGUUGGUAUUGGUGGUGGUAUUCCCACCCCCUCGGCAGGCGUACCGGGUGAUCUCAACGACGCGAGUGUAGUGAUAAGCAAGCGCGAUAAUUCUCCACCGUACGUGCGUGAAAAAAAUAGUGAUAAUGAGCUAGUGCGUGCCGAUGCGAAUAAGCUAGUGACCGGGGCCGGUGAAGAUCCGCGCCGGCGUACGCUCGAUGGGCACCGGAUACCACCGCCGCCGGCCGUCACCGGCACACCCAAACCACCCACCACCGAGCUGGACGAUCUGCUGAUCAGUGUGAAGACGACUAAAAGCUACCACGACACCCGGCUCGAGAUGAUCAUCAAGACGUGGUACCAGCUAGCCAAGGAACAGACGUGGUUUUUCACGGACACCAACGACCCUCACUACCAGAAAUUGACCAACAACCACAUGGUCAACUCGAACUGCUCCCAGGGCCACUUUCGGAAAGCGCUCUGCUGCAAGAUGGGCAAGGAGUUUGAGUUUUUCCUCGACAGUGCGAAAAAAUGGUGGUGUCACUUUGAUGAUGAUAACUACGUGAACGUUCCACGGUUGGUUCGAAUGCUAGACGACUACAAUCCGACGCAGGAUUGGUACCUGGGCAAGCCGAGUAUAUCGUCACCGCUCGAGAUCUUUCUUGAUAAUACCAAAACAUCGACGGAGGUGAACAAGAAGGUGACGUUCUGGUUCGCAACCGGUGGAGCCGGGUUCUGCGUGAGCCGUGCGCUAGCACUAAAGAUGAUGCCGAUCGCCGCCAGCGGGAAGUUUGUUGCGAUCGGUGAUAAGAUUCGAUUUCCGGACGACGUGACGAUGGGCUUCCUAGUCGAACACAUCCUAAAAGUUCCACUCACCGUGAUCGAUGCGUUCCACUCGCAUCUCGAACCGAUGGAGUUUAUCCGGCCGGAAACGUUUCACGAUCAGGUGUCGUUCAGCUACGCCCGCAUGCGCAACGAAUGGAACGUGGUCAAGGUGGACGGUGGGUUCGAUCUGAAGACGGACCCGAAGCGGAUAUACUCGCUGCACUGCUAUCUGUAUCCGUUCUUCAGCAUCUGUCCCAAGUCGAUACGGCGGCGAUGAUCCAGACCGAUCGAGAUCGGGGCCAAGCGCGCACACGCCAUAGCACAGUCAUAGCGUCCGGACAGCGAGCCGGGCAAGCAGUUAGAGCCAAAUCAAAGGAUUAAGAUUAGCGGUGCGUACACCCGUGCCUCUGGUAAACGUACUCCCGGACCCCCGGACCCCGGACGUGAUAUACGGGAGCAGAAAUGUAAACGAAAGGAAGGGAAAGAAGAAAAAACUGUGAUCGAGAAAACUGUAGAAACAAAAAAGGGAGAAGCAUGAAAAAAAACAGGCAAUAAUAAACAGUAAUUGAUGUAGAUGUAAACAUGUGGAAUAAAGUAGCGAGUAAGUUACUACCCAACUACUACCGGUACUAAUGGUGUAAAGAAGCCGGAACUAGGAAACAGACAGGGACGAUAGGCAGGAUGGCACCAGUGUGUGCCUGGAGGUGUGUACAGAAGCCGCAGAAGGAAGUGGAAUAUUUAUGUUGUACAGAUUACAGAUGCUAGUAAAGCGACUACACGUAUGACACCAGGUGCGAUAUGUAAGUAGGUGCCAAGGAAACACUAAGUAUACAAUAUUGUUACGAUGAAAGGGCGUUUGAUGCGAAACACGCAAACGAACCAACCAGCGCUGGGUAAACAAUUCUAAACGUUAAACGCAAACCGUUUCGCACAGCCAUGUGCUGAAUAAUUCGAUUCGAAAGCCUCUAACCUACCGAUCGAUUAUCAGUCUAGUCUUCAGCGUGUAGGUAAGAAAUGGUUCACGGUUAACGGCCGAUACGGUAAGAACAACAGCUGUUAAGUCUUCCUCUUCCGUACGAUCCCCCCGCACUUCCGGUGGUGAUUUGAAAUCAAACUCGUUUUGCUCUGUUUUCUUCCUUUUAGCAUUUAGUCAACACAUUGUACAUAUUUCACCAGUAACGAUUAGGACCACGGUAAUACUGCGUAAGUUGUUAUGAGGAGCCGUCAAAUUGUCGAUAGACGUAGGCAGCCAGGCAAAGGAACAGAAUAGAACUCCCUUCCAAAACGGUAAACCACUAUUGUUUUGCGGGGCAGAAACGUACAGGGGAAAUGUGUAUCGAUACGAAGUUAGGAAAGCAUGUUACAUUAUAUGUUGUAUAGGUUGUUCAAAACAAGUUGUA